AUGACAAACAAGACAAUCAUUCUGAGCUGCGCUCUUUUGGCCAUUCUUGUUGCCUAUCUUCCAUUGGGCGAAGCCGUCACCUGCGCAGCGGAUCCUACCAAUACCAAUUGCGUUGACUGCACGCUAGCUGCCAAUGUAGACAAUGCCGAAUGCCUAACCACAGUGGCAGACACGACCACUGUGGCAGCCACGACCACUGUGGCAGACACCACCACUGUAGCAGACAGCACCACUGUGGCAGACACCACCACUGUGGCAAGCAGCACGGCUGCAACAACAAGGAGAGGUUGGGGCGGCCAUCAUCAUCAUGGACAUCAUCGUGGUCAUCACCGUGGCGGCCGAGGUGGCAGGCGCGGCGGCUGGGGCGGUGACAGGGACGGCGGCAGGCGCGGUGGUAGGCGCGGUGGCAGGGGUCGUGGUGGCAGAGGUCGUGGUGGCAGAGGUCGUUGGUAG